ACUUCUCAGCGUGACGGACCAAUUGAAAGGAGCAAUGGGCGGGCUGUGGAAAACCAGCUUCCGGUUCCGUUGGGCUCAGUCCUCUCCAAAGCUACGUGUCUUAUCCUCCUCAAGCUGCCGUCCCGCAAUCAGCCAUGGAUCAGGUAAUGCAGUUUGUUGAGCCAAGUCGGCAGUUCGUAAAGGACUCAAUUCGGCUGGUUAAAAGAUGCACCAAGCCCGACAGAAAAGAAUUCCAGAAGAUUGCCAUGGCCACAGCCAUAGGAUUUGCUAUUAUGGGAUUCAUUGGCUUCUUUGUGAAACUGAUCCAUAUCCCUAUUAAUAACAUUAUUGUGGGUGGCUGAGUGCUUCCGCUUCGCUGGAACUAGGAGCAAUGAGGGUGUGAGAAGCUUAUGAAGUAAAAAGUUGCCUGUAUACUUUGUGUUUUUCUUUUUUUUCCCCUCCCCAAGAGGUUUUGUAUUUCUAAACUAAAAUAAUUUCAAAAUAAACAUUUUUUCCCAUGAUAAA